UUCUCAUAAGACCCCUUAUAUGUUUCAUCUUAAACAGAUUCAAUCUUGAUUUGGAGGAUCAUUUGUAUCUAUGGGGGAAGCUCCAGGUCUUUUUGAAGAUCAUAUCGAUGGGUUUCAUUUAAGAUAUGAAGGCAGUGAAACAUCAAUCGACAUCUGCAGCAACAAAAAAUGUGUUAUUGGUGGGAUGGAAAAUGAAUCAAAUUCAACCAUUGGAGUCCAGAUUUUUGACAAAUCUACGGGUGAAUGGAUGAUCCCCGUUGUGUUGGGAAUAAAACCUGGGCCAUCGAAGGGACACUCAGCUGUUCUUAUAGAUGAAGAUCGAAUUUUGGUCGUCAAAGGGGACUCAGCUUCUGAUGCUUGCUUUUGGUUUCUUGAGGUGAACACUGCUUUUGUUAGAGAACAGAAAAAAAGAUUGGGGACCGAAACGGUUGCUUGGAGUAGAGGAGUUAUCGGUGAAGCUGAAAAACUGAUUGUCAUAAGUGGUCCUUCUGGAGUGGGUAAGGGUACUCUAAUUUCCAAACUGACGGAAGAAUUUCCAUCCAUGUUUGGAUUUUCAGUGAGCCACACGACCCGUGCUCCGAGAACCAAUGAACAGAAUGGGGUUCAUUACCAUUUCACCGAACGUAGUGUCAUGGAGAAAGAUAUAGAGGAUGGAAAGUUCCUUGAGUUCACCUCUGUUCAUGGAAAUCUCUAUGGAACCAGUGUAGAAGCUGUAGAGGUGGUUGUGGAUAAAGGAAAGAGAUGUAUCCUUGAUAUCGCCGUUCAAGGUGCAAGGUCUAUUAGGGCUAGUUCUCUUGAAGCCAUUUUUAUCUUUAUCCGUCCUCCUUCAUUUGAGGAGCUCGAGAAGCGCCUUCGUGCAAGGGGGACAGAAACAGAAGAACAGAUCCAAAAGCGACUCGGAAAUGCCAGGACAGAGCUUGAUCAAGCAAACUCACCUGGUCUGUUCGAUCAUAUCUUGGUCAAUGACGACCUUGAGACUUGUUAUGAGAAUCUUAAGAAACUUUUAGGCCUAAACGAGGAUGGCAAGACUACUACUCGUAAAUCAAAAUUAUUUGACGUUCCUUUGAAGCAUUCAAUCUUGAAAAUUGAUCAGAAGAUACUGAUAAAAUGUGGCACUGCAGAAGGACAGAACUCAUUUAGAAACAUGUUUAUUCUGGAUUUAUCUUCAAUGAGAGGUGGUGCUCCAGGUCGAACUAGCGGACUGAAAGUGUACUCCGUCGACCCAUCCACGAAUGGCAUAAAUGUGCUCAAGACAUUGCUUUUGCUUGUCUUCAUGUGCCUGUAUUGCUACAUUUGUUUUGCAAAUUAUUGGUAGUGUUUACUUAAUAUUAUUAUUAUUA